AUGGCAUCAAUAUCAAGAUCGACCUGUGCCUCCGCUCUGCGAGCAGCUGCCCCCUCCCGCCUCUUCCGCCAACAGGCAUACCGCACUUCCGUGAGAUGGAACAGUUCCUCGACUGAGCCCAACGCACGACCAGCGCCCGGAGACCCCGACACCAUCGGUACCGUCGAUCCCGCCGAUCAGGCUCCUCCGGCGUCACCUAUCCCUGCUGGUACUGCCAACAAAAACAGGAUUUCCAGAUACGCAAAACCGUACCCAAGACUCGAGUACCCCAAUCCGCCAUUAGGCGUCAAUCCAGCGUACGACGAGGCUCUAAAGGUCAUCGACGCCCACAGAGAAGUGAUCAAUGAAAAGAUUAGGCAAGAGAAGAGAAAGAUUACGCUGGCCACGGCAAAGCUCAACAAAUUCGAGCAGUUCGAAACGGGACCGGGCCGAGUUUGGAAGGACAACCUCGACGGUUAUUGCAAGAACCUUGAGUACUUUGAAGUUCAAAGAGACAUCGAUAGCCCAGAAUUCCGCUGGCGACACGAAAACGGCGACGUUGACAUGUCCAAGCCCGUUUUCCGAUACCUCGCCAAGCAAGAUUGGGAGUUCCGCCCUCUACCGGUUCUUAUGCAGCGUUUGGAGACUAUGUUCGUUGUUCCCGAUACUCUCCCAUCGAUCACGCCUGUGGUGGACUUGCGUUUGAGAUUCAAUGGAAGUCACAUCGUGGAACCUGGUAGCUGGGUGGAACUGGACCAGUGUACGAACGCACCUCCGGCAGUUGAGAUUGUUCCUUUCGAGGAUGGUGAGAAUACUUACACGGUUCUUCUGGUUGACCCUGAUACACCCAAUGUCGAGGACCAGACCUAUAACACUACCUUGCUUUGGGCGGUUUCCGACGUCAAGAUCUCGCCUACUUUCACCGAGUUCAACGCAGCACAUGGAACGGAGCACGCCCAAUUCAUACCUCCUCACCCUACCUACGGUAUCAAAUACCAUCGUUACACUAUGCUGGCUUUCCGCCAGCCUACCGAGAAGCUCAAGAUGGAGGGUUAUGAGAUUCCUGGUGGAACGUUCAAGUUCGAUCUCAGGACGUUUGUUGAGGAUCAUGAGUUGGAGCCUGUUGGUGCGAGCUUCUGGAGAGCUAAGUGGACCGAGGGUGUCAGUGAGCGCAUUGCGAAGGAGACUGGCGGAUUGGGUGGUCUUAAGUUGAAGAGGAUUAAGGCGUAA